UUUGUUGUGGUUGAAUCCUGCUGCGGCGCGACUAUGAUCAGAUGCCGAGCCGAUAUUUAUUUUACCAAAGUCUGCUUUGUGACAACACACAUUUUUGUUUUUGUUUUUGUUUUCUGUCAAAGCCUCCUUCCUAUUCUUGUUGUCGCCGGAAGAGCUGCACGCCUUUCAUAUGUAUCCCCUGUCCUGUUCAAGGGUGAAGUGUGAAAAUAGUGAGGAUUACACCAUGGUACUUUCCAUGACUCACCAUGCAUGACCUCUCUCCUGCACCUAUAAGCAACACCUACACACUCGCAGCACUGAAACCCUCAGACUAUUUAUAAUUAUAGAGUAGACAGAAAUCAUGCUCAUUUUGUGAAAUCCCAGAAGAAUGGGACGAAACACCUACGGUUUAUUAGAUGUUUUUGGGUCAAAAUUUGUCUUCCAAACAGGAAGCAAUGCAUUUUUUGUUUGUGGUUUGUCUGGAACAAAAAGAAGAGGAACUGCGUAGUUUGCCACCGCCACCUGCAGAAGUCAAAUUUUAUCAGCAGAAAAUCCAAGGACAAGAUGUCAGACUGUUGGACGCACUGUUCAAUAACAGACGGCUGGGAGGAUGCAGACAAAAUUUGAAAAAGAAGAAAAGAAAGAUGAGAAUCGCGUGGAUUACCACUUUUAAUACCACUGCAACAGUCCAGAUACCUUCACAAUAAAGUUCAAAUAUACAAUUGGUCCCCAUGCAGCGUGUGUGUUGUAUGUUGAAGAGGCACUCGAGUGUAUUUUGGUGGAGAGUGCAUGGGUGGCCUUUGUUCCAAAACACACAACCACCACCUUGAUCUCUGUUGUUCCUCCUAUUAUACAAAGAUCAGCCCACAACAUGGAGAGGAAUUAGAGAGAGUUGAGAGGCAUGUCAUGCAAGAGUGUGUGUGGUAACUAAAGUGUGUGUCUGUGUGUGUAUGUGUGUGGAGGGGAGUGGAAAAGAGAAGUGAUUUUUCGCACAGAGGAGGUUAUAAUGUAUCUCCUCCCCUCUGUGACAAACAAAUGAGCUGUUGCAGCACAAGGUUCAUUUACAAUCUAACAGCCCGACAGCAAAGACAGAGUUAAUUCAGAAGAGUGGAGCCAAAAAUGUAAACUCAAAAAAAAAAAAAAAAAAAAAAAAAAAAAAACCUCAAACAUGAAUAUGGAGACAUUCAGUAGACUUGCUGCUCCUGCCACUGAAAAGAUUCGGCAGCUUCAGAAAAUCGUUCAGGACAUCAAGAAAAACGACGGCAGCUUACUGAACAAAAUACGAAGACUCAAGAGCAAACCACUUCCAAAAGUCCCUGCGAGAGAUUACCACGAUGGCGACAUGGAGGGUGAUGAACAUUUUUCUGAUGGCGAGUUUGACAAUGACACUUAUGAGGAUCCACAUGAAGACCAAGAUGACAGCUACGAGCCUCCUCCCAGCCACAGAGAAUUUACCACAACAUCAUCUGCUUCCUUUCCCAGGGGGGAGUAUCUUGACAGCUGCCGUACCCGGCCCAGCCACCCACCCAGGCCCAAGCCCCCCCGCCCAAGCAAAGCCACCAAACCGCUGCCCCCGGAGCCCGGCCAGAUGGCGAACGAUGAUGAGGAUUACAUCAAUCCAGAUGGCAAUAAUGACGAUGACAACUACAUAGAACCUACAGAGAAGCCACCUGCCAGUCCUCUGGUGCAUGGCAGGAGCAGAGCAAGGAACAGCCCCUCCUUAAUGUCCAAACCUUUACCCAACUGUCCGCCCAGUCCUGAUGUUUAUGAGGUUCCUGACCAAGAGGAGAAUUCACCGUCAUUACACAGGCUGCGUCCAGUUGCCCAAACACCUUCACCUUCUUUGCCACCUAAACCCAGCCCCAGGAUGAAUAUUAGGAGAUCUCCUGUUCCUGUCCCAGAGCCCACAGACGAUGAUGAAUAUGAAGUCUGUGAUCCAGAUGAUAGCUCCAGUGUUAAAUCGGAGGAGGACCAUCCCCCUGUGCGACCAAGGCCUCUCCCCAGAGCGGAACGACAAAUGCCAGCUUUAAGGCCGAGGCCAGAUAUAAAACACAGAGACUCUGAGGCUUUGCCACUUCCCCCAGUGCACAGUGGCCAGAAGUCUCCUGCUAAAGCAUUUACUGCAGACUUCAAACGACCAAAGAUUCCUCUUCCACAGAUGUUUACCUUCCCCAGACAAGCUGACAGAGGAAGUGUCUCUCCUGAAAAUGAGUCAACAGAUGCCGGACAGGAGGCUGACAUCCACAGGAAACCGUGGUACUCGAGUUCGUGUGACCGCAAGACUGCUGAGGAUGCCUUGCUUCAGUCAAAUAAAGACGGCUCAUUUCUGGUGAGGAACAGCUCCGGUCAGGACGCACAGCAGCCCUACACGUUGGUGGUGCUUUACAGCGGCAGAGUGUACAACAUCCCGAUCCGCUUCUUACCAGCCACCCAGCAGUACGCUCUGGGCAGGGAGAAGAAAGGGGAAGAGCGUUUCAACAGCGUCUCCCACAUCAUCGAGAACCACCAGAGGAACCCACUUGUGCUGAUUGACAGCCAAAGCAACACCAAAGACUCCACCAAGCUGUGCUACCCCGUGAAACCCUAGGUGACCGGCGGAUGGUCUGGGGCCAAAUCAAGCCGUCUGACUGUCCCACACCACUGUGUUUACUGUGACAGGCCACUGUUUACCAAAUUGGUAAUCUGAUGCUAUUUUCAUCCAGUUAUUUUUAGCUCAUGUCGACAGGACUGAACGCUGGACGAGACUAGCCGGCCACACAGAGCCAGGCUGCCAACACAAUAAUGAUUUUGAGGGUUUGUCCUGUAAACAGUGCGGUGUAUUAAGCCUUAUUCCCGGGAUGUAGCAUUGCUGCUCAAGUAUUUGAGACACAAAUAAACGAAAAAUCAACCACCGCGCACUGAGAUAAAUUUACUGUAACUUUAAACAUCGCGUUUCGUCCGUUGCUUCUUGGGGUUCACGCGUUGUUCGCUCCAGUAAAGUUACAGUAAAGCGGUGGUUAAUUUUUGUCUUCACUGAGGUGUUCCUGCGA